AUCCCUAUUCAAUUCCCUCACGUUUGUUCAAGCCAGCCCAAUUCCACAAGCUGAGCAGAACGUCAUGAACUCUGCGACGUCGGGCUACAAGAAUGUCGCUUACUUUGUCAACUGGGCUAUCUAUGGCCGCAACUACAACCCACAGGAUCUUCCAGCUGAAGAGUUGACCCAUGUCCUGUAUGCAUUUGCUGAUGUUCGAGAUACGGGUGAGGUCUUUAUGACCGACUCCUGGGCCGACACUGACAAGCACUACGCAAAUGAUUCUUGGAAUGAUGUUGGAAACAACGUCUACGGAUGCGUGAAGCAGUUGUUCCUCCAGAAGAAGCGCAACCGCAACCUGAAGGUGCUUUUGUCAAUUGGAGGAUGGACCUAUUCAUCUCAUUUCGUGACACCUGCAUCAACUGCGCAGGGACGGGCAACGUUUGCCAGCAGCGCUGUUGCACUCUUGGCGAAUCUUGGUUUCGAUGGUCUCGAUAUUGAUUGGGAAUACCCAGCAAACGAGUCCCAGGCAAAUGACAUGGUUCUCCUCCUACAGGCAACGCGCCAGGCACUGACAGCCUACUCGAACGCAAAUGCCAACGGCCAACCCCUUCUUCUAACCGUCGCAUCCCCUGCAGGCCCCACGCACUAUAACAUUAUGAAGCUCGCCCAGAUGGACCAGUACCUGGACUUCUGGAAUCUGAUGGCUUAUGACUAUGCCGGAUCGUGGGACACCGUCUCCGGACACCUCGCCAACUGGGCACCAUCCAUCACCAACUCAAACAGCACCCCAUUCAGCAGCAUCAAAGCUAUCAAUGACUACAUAGCCGCCGGCGUCCCAGCUUCCAAGAUUGUCCUCGGAAUGCCUCUGUACGGCCGCUCCUUUGCUAACACUGACGGCCCAGGCAAGCCCUACCAGGGCGUGGGACAGGGCACGUGGGAAACUGGCGUCUACGACUACAAGGCUCUGCCGCAGGCCGGUGCCCAAAUCUACACUGACAGCCAAAUCACAGCCAGUUGGAGCUAUGAUUCCAACUCUAGGUUCAUGAUUAGUUAUGAUACCCCUGAGGUUAUUGCCAAUAAGACGCAGCUUAUCCGUGACAAUGGUCUUGGUGGCGGCAUGUGGUGGGAGAGCUCGAGUGAUAAGACAGGACCUGAGAGCUUGGUAUCUACGUUUGUCAACAACAUUGGAGGCAUCAGUGCCUUGGAGCAAUCGACCAACUUGCUCAACUACCCUACGAGCAAGUAUGAUAACUUGAGGGCCCAGUUCCCCAAUAACUAAGACCGGGCUUUGGUUGGGAGCUUUUUUCUUUGCUCCGAUCUCAGCGCAGGCGCAAUGAGCGAUGUCUCUCCUCAGAGAGGAUGCCUGGAGUGUGAGUUGAACUCGCAUGGAGUUCGGUCAAUCGUUAGAUCUUUUCCUUUUACUUUCACAGUCGUUUUCGAUCAGUGUUUUGGACUGUAUAUGAUGGGAGGGGGCACAUGGGGCUUAGACUGUAUAUGCGGGGUUACAUGGUGCUUAGAUUGGUGUCUGGGUCACUGGGGUUUCUCUAGAUGGGAAAGGGGAGGAUGGGUACAUACAUUGGCAUGCUGGAUACAUGGUUGUUUAUUUUCGCAUCGGCCUAGCGGCUACGUACAUAUAUGAAUUGACUAUACUUUUCUUCU